AUGGCACCUUCUGUGGCGGAAAUUUCGGGAGUGGACAUGCAGUGUAGCACCACAGACGGCGAAAGUGCUCGAGAUCACCAGCAGACUAUAUACAAUGACCUCGGAUGGCUAGUUGAAGACGAGACAGGCUAUCGGAUACUCGAACAGUCCCACGGCACGCGGGAGCCACUCAGAGUCGUUCACAUCGGAGCUGGUGCAUCGGGAAUAUGUUUCAGCAAAUUCUAUCAGGAUCGGCUCAUCAAUUCGGAUGUGACGUUGCAAGUAUACGAGAAGAAUCACGAUGUUGGCGGGACCUGGUUGGAGAACAGAUAUCCGGGAUGUGCAUGCGACAUACCGAGUGCUUGCUACCAGUUCACCUGGGAAAGAAACCCAAACUGGAGUCAGUAUUACUCCGAAUCGCCAGAAAUAUGGAGAUACUUCAAAGAUACCACGAACAAAUACGGGUUGAAUAAGUAUAUCAAGUUACGGCACGAGAUCGUGAAGUGUGAGUGGCACGACGAAGCUGGACAAUGGGACGUAACAAUCAGAAACCUUGAAAGUGGAGAAGAAUUCAUGGAUAAAUGUCAUCUGCUCAUAAACGGCAACGGCGUGUUGAACAACUGGAAGUGGCCGGACGUGAAAGGUCUGCACUCUUUUCAGGGAGUGUUGGAGCAUACAGCACGAUACACCGAAGGAAGAGAUUUAACCGGCCAACGAGUAGCAGUCAUAGGAAUUGGUUCUUCUGGCAUACAAUGCAUUUCGAAGAUUGCACCACAAGUGAAACAGUUAUAUACCUGGAUCAAGACACCAACCUGGAUCACGGCAGGAUUUGCACAGAAGUUUGCAGGCAAGAACGGCGCAAACUUCGCGUACACUGCAAGACAAAAAGAAGAAUUCGACAAAAAUCCUGCGUUGCACUUGAAGUAUAGCAAGAUGAUUGAGAGCGAGUUAAACCAGAGAUUUAAGUUCAUACUCAAAAACACGCCAGAAGCAAAAAUGGCAGUCGAUUUUGCGGCGAACGAGAUGGCCACGAAAUUGGAUGGAAACGAAGAGCUUUGCGAUGCGAUGAUACCCAAGAAUUUUGGUGUUGGGUGCCGGAGACCGACACCUGGAAAUGGGUUCCUCGAGGCUCUGAAUCGCGAGAACGUGCACGUCUACACCAGCUUGAUGCGUGAAAUUACCCCCAAGGGCUUUGUUGACUCUGAUGGGAGUGAAGUUGAGGUGGACGUGAUCAUAUGUGCGACUGGAUUUGACACAUCUUGGAGACCACGAUUUCCUGUACUAGGUGAGAAUGGGAAGUCAUUGAUCGAGAUGUGGAAAGAUCGACCUGUACCUUCUUAUCUCUCUUUCGCAGUACCUCAUAUGCCUAACUACUUCAUGAUGGGCGGACCAUAUGGGCCGCUCGGGCACGGCAGCUUCUUGCCCAUAAUUGAAACUUUGGCAGGAAACAUCAUCCAGAUUAUCAAGAAGAUGCAAAAAGAUCGAAUCAAGAAAAUUGUCCCUCGAGAGGAAGUCGCCAGACAGUUUACAGACCACGCUGAUCUGUUCUUGAAGCGAACAGCAUGGACAGAUGCAUGCUCCUCGUGGUUCAAGCAGGGUCGCAUUGAUGGUCCCGUGCCGAUAUUCCCUGGCUCUCGAUUGACUUUCCUAGACCUUCUAGGGACACCGAGGUACGAGGAUUAUCAGAUUACGUACAAAAACGAUAAGAAUAUGUUCGAGUUCCUGGGUAAUGGUUUCGAUGUUCGGGAAUUUGACGGACGCGAUCUGAGCUACUACUUGGGCAUACUGGACGGGGUUGGCGACAAGCAAUUGGAUCUGGAAGCAGAGCUGAGUCAAGAUAUGGAGAAGUUGAUGCCGCAGAUAGAAGAGGCACGGCAUAAAGACGUGGAAGCUGUGGCUGGUUUGUCAUAA